UAUUAUGCAAAUCCUGAAUAUGCUUAGAUUGGAACGUUGGAGAACUCAGGCUCAGUGACUUGUAAAUGAGUUUUGCUUAGAGAAACCUCUGAAAUUGAAGAUUCGCGCCGAAGAAGAGAUGGGUUGUGUUCAAGUCGCUGAAAGAGAGGUAUUGAUACAUAUAUGGAGGCUUCUAAGAGAACCAUAAAUGGGUGGCUGGCAGGCUAUGUGCAUUGUGCAGGUCCUUGAGCAAGUUGAUGGGCAGUACUUCACGUGAUCGAUAGAGAACCAUUUUAGCUUGUCUGCUAAGCAUAUAACAAUCAGAAAUUCCACCAUGGAUUCCAAAACAAAACCCUCUCGUUUCAUCCCUCGAAUCUUCUUAGCUUCACCUAUGAGUAAUUAUCUCUUUUAUGUAUCAAUUUAUGGAGCUGCUGCAACUCAACAUUUCAGAAUAACUAGUAUUCGAAUUGGGAUUGCAUUGAAGCUUAAUAAUGGAGACAAAGGAGAAAGAAAUCAUCAGAUUGGAGAAGGAAACUGUAAUUCCAAUUCUCAAAUCAAAGCUUAUGACGACCUUGACAGGACUCAUUGCCGAUCCUUCUAUCCGGGCUGAAUUUCUAAAGUUCUGCAAGAGGGUUGAGUACACAAUUCGAGCUUGGUACUAUCUGCAGUUUGAAGAUUUGAUGCAACUUCAUUCCCUCUUUGACCCUGAGACUGGGGCUGAGAAUUUGGAGCAGCAAAACUUAUCUCCUGAAGAAAUUGAUGUACUUGAACAGAAUUUUCUAAAAUACCUUUUUCAGGUGAUUGAUAAGAGCAACUUCAAAAUAGCAAACGAUGAGGAGAUUGAUGUUGCGCUAUCAGGGCAGUAUCUUUUAAAUCUUCCAAUCACAGUCGAUGAUACUAAGCUUGACAAGGAACUUUUGACAAGGUACUUUGCUAAGCACCAUCAUGAAAAUCUUCCUGACUUUGCUGAUAAGUACAUUAUCUUCCGACGAGGGAUUGGAAUUGAUCAAACAACUGAUUAUUUUAUCUUGGAGAAAGUGGACGUUCUCAUUGCACGUUUUUGGGCAUUUCUUUUAAGACUGAUCGGGCUAAAAGAAACUCUGGCCAAAAGGUCAAGUGGACAACCAAAGAAAGAUGUAAAGAAGAUUAAUGAAAUAGCAGAUAAGGAUUUUGAAUUAGUUGAACGAAUUCGUCUAGAAAAUAUGGAAAUAAGUAUUAGCAAUUUGCUGAGCAAGACUGCAAUACAAGAGCCUACAUUUGAAAGGAUAAUAGUAGUUUACAGGAAAGCAAGCAACAAAACAAAAAAGGAACGGGGAAUCUACGUGAAGCAUUUCCAGAAAAUUCCAAUGGCUGAUAUGGAAAUAGUUCUUCCUGAAAAGAAGAAUCCUGGGUUAACUCCAGUGGACUGGGUUCGGUUCCUGGGUUCUGCUAUAGUUGGACUGGUUGCUGUUAUUAGUUCACUUAAAGUGCCUUCAGCUGAUCUUUGGGUCAUUUUUGCUGUCAUUCCUACAGUAAUUUAUAACAUUGCUAAGAUAUACAUUACCUAUCAGCAGAACUUGGCUACAUAUCAGAAAUUAAUUACCCAGUUCAUGUACGACAAACAACUAGAUAGUGGAAGGGGUACACUUCUUCACCUGUGUGACAAUGUCAUUCAACAGGAAGUCAAAGAAGUUAUCAUUUCAUUCUUUAUAUUGAUGAUACAGGGCAAAGCCACAAAGAAGGAGUUGGAUAAGCGUUGCAAAAAACUAAUAAAAAAAAAGUUUGGCAAGAGCUGUAAUUUUGAUGUAGACGAUGCAGUCCAAAAAUUAGAGAAGUUGCGAAUUAUUGUCCGGGAUGCUAAUGGACAGCAUAGUUGUGUCGAUAUAAGAAGUGCUAAUGAAGUUAUUGGCACCACCACUGAAGAGAUUGUCCUCAAUGUGGAGCAACAGUUGACAGUUCCUGGGGUGCCACUGCUUUCUCCAUUGUUCUAUACUUCUGUUCUCUGUUAAUAUAUGUAAAUCUUGAACGUGUAACUUGAUGAAUCCGAUAAUGGAUGGUGGUAUGGAUUAGCAAACAUUAAAUUGGCAGACAUAAUCAAUUAUUUAUAUCUAUAUCUAUAUAAAUAUAAUAAAGCUGGUCUUUAAAAUAA